CUCCACUGUUGUGAGACCUACGCCUGCAAGCCUUCCCCACUCUUUCCUCUGUCACCCUCAUCGUCGGAGACUAAUCCUCUGUUUUGGCAUUGCUGGGAACCUAGUUCAGGUGGCCGCUGGUAAACAGGGAUAAUGGGUAUCAUUGAGAAGAUCAAAGAAAUCGAGGCCGAGAUGGCUCGGACCCAGAAAAAUAAAGCCACAGAGUAUCAUCUGGGGCAACUCAAGGCAAAGAUAGCCAAACUAAGGACACAAUUAUUGGAGCCUCCAAAGGGUUCCAGUGGAGGUGGAGAGGGAUUUGAAGUUACAAAGUAUGGCCAUGGGCGAGUUGCACUCAUAGGAUUUCCAAGUGUGGGGAAGUCAACUCUUUUGACAAUGUUAACGGGCACACAUUCAGAAUCUGCAUCCUAUGAAUUCACAACGCUGACCUGUAUUCCUGGAAUCAUAAACUACAAUGAUACUAAAAUUCAGCUGCUUGAUCUUCCCGGAAUUAUUGAAGGUGCUUCUGAAGGCAAGGGGCGUGGGAGGCAGGUUAUUGCUGUUGCCAAAUCUUCUGACAUAGUACUGAUGGUUCUUGAUGCCUCUAAAAGUGAGGGUCAUAGACAAAUAUUGACAAGGGAGCUGGAAGCUGUUGGCUUACGAUUAAACAAGAGACCUCCCCAGAUAUAUUUUAAAAAGAAAAAGACUGGGGGCAUUUCAUUCAACAGCACUACACCUUUGACUCAUGUGGAUGAGAAGCUGUGUUAUCAGAUUCUGCAUGAAUAUAAAAUUCACAAUGCAGAGGUUCUUUUCCGUGAGGAUGCUACUGUGGAUGACCUCAUAGAUGUUAUUGAAGGGAACCGUAAAUAUAUGAAGUGUAUAUAUGUCUACAACAAGAUUGAUGUUAUUGGUAUUGAUGAUGUGGACAGACUAGCCCGCCAGCCUAAUUCUGUUGUCAUUAGUUGCAAUCUGAAGCUGAACUUUGAUAGACUGCUUUCAAGGAUGUGGGAGGAAAUGGGUCUGGUUAGAGUUUACACAAAGCCACAAGGCCAGCAGCCUGAUUUCUCUGAUCCUGUGGUCCUUUCUGCAGAUAGAGGUGGCUGCACUGUAGAGGAUUUCUGCAACCACAUACACAGAAGUUUAAUCAAGGACGUCAAGUAUGUUUUAGUAUGGGGUGCAAGUGCGAGGCACUAUCCUCAACAUUGUGGCCUUGGUCAUCUUCUUCAAGAUGAGGAUGUGGUUCAAAUUGUUAAGAAAAAGGAAAAAGAGGAGGGAGGAAGGGGCCGAUUCAAAUCACAUUCUACAGCGCCUGCUCGGAUAUCUGACAGAGAGAAGAAGGCCCCCCUGAAGACAUAAUUGCAACGCUACGCUGUACUACAUUGUCAGUGAGAUGGGUGGGAGGGAGGACCACAGGUUGAUAUUCAAAAUCAGAAACUUCUAAGGUCAUUGAAUUCUGAAGGUUCCUAUUAUGAAGAGCAUUGUAUCCUCCUGGGCGCAUGCUAAGGGAAGCACAUAGGCUUUUGCCACCCAUGCAUUUGUUGUAUUUUUGUUUGGUUUUCUGUUGUUAUUUUUGCUUAUCUGGUGAUUGUUAUGACUUAAAUCUAUGAAGUGGGCAUCUGACCUGAAAGGAUAAUAAAGAUAGAGGGAAGAAAUCGGGACUCGUUCAUUGAUUAGCCACUUUGACACAAUUCUGGGUUUGAUCUAUUUUUCAAGUUUCAAACCAUUCAGAGCAAA